UGGGGGGUAAUACUGUGCUCUGAGUCGGGUUCGAAAUUAGUGGGAGCAGCGCUGUCACGGAGUUCCAAAUGCUCCUGUCAAGUGGGGAAAGUUUCAUGCCUCUGUCAAACCAAAUCCCACGGCAGCUGGUAGUGACUAGCCCUGAGGUACACAUCCACUGUGAUGUGUGCCAAACUACAGACUUUUGUUUGGUUUUGAGGAUGUAUUUUUUUAAAAGUUAAUGUGCGGUGCAUGUGUUAAGGACGGUAACUCGAUGUAGCUAAACACUAAGGUUACAAUCACUUAAGUGUUGCCCUAUGUUGCAAAUGUAAACAGUAUAUCAGUUGUGUCUCAGUGAGAGGCAUGAGGCACUCUGUCUUCCUACCCAAAACCAUUCCUCCUCUUCUCAUGAAAUUGCUGUGAGGAAGAUUGCUUUAGGUGACAGCUUAAGAACAAAGGCAGCUUUUAAUCUUCUAAGGGUCUCUGCCUGAUGCUUGGCAUGGGGUAGUGUUGGUUUCAUAUAGCAGGUGAAAUUAAUGUAUAAUGAAUCCAGUUACAGGACAGACUGCUGCUCUAUGCUGUCUCGUGGUAGGCCAACAAGAAACUCAAGCUGCAGGCCUGUUUUUGUUCAAGGCAGAAGAUAAACUGGAUAAAGAAACACUAGCUACUGUGUCCUGGAGAGACUUGCUGUGAAACCUUCCUGAGUGUCUUCCUCCUUCUGUAAAAAUCUGGGAUGUUGCUGAGAGCAGGGAAGAGAGAUUGUGAACCUUUUCUGAGUGUUCUGCUAGGCCUCAGUUUUUCAGUAGGGCAGAUAUUUGUCAACCUCUGUAGUGGCAAGCUGAAGCAGUCAUAUUUUGCCGCUCUAACUGGACUCACAGAUGCAGUUAUUGCAUGGAAAAUGUUUAUUGGCGGCCUUAGCUGGGACACUACAAAGAAAGAUCUGAAGGACUAUUUCUCUAAAUUCGGUGAAGUAGUAGACUGUACUCUGAAGUUAGAUCCCAUCACUGGGCGAUCAAGAGGCUUCGGCUUUGUACUCUUCAAAGAAUCGGAGAGCGUAGAUAAGGUCAUGGACCAGAAAGAACACAAGCUGAAUGGAAAGGUCAUUGAUCCAAAAAGAGCUAAAGCCAUGAAAACAAAAGAACCUGUUAAAAAGAUUUUUGUUGGGGGUUUAUCUCCAGAUACACCUGAGGAGAAAAUAAGGGAGUAUUUUGGAGGUUUUGGUGAGGUUGAAUCAAUAGAGCUCCCCAUGGACAACAAAACUAACAAGAGGCGUGGAUUUUGCUUCAUUACUUUCAAGGAGGAGGAACCAGUGAAGAAAAUAAUGGAAAAGAAAUACCACAAUGUUGGGCUUAGUAAAUGUGAAAUAAAAGUAGCCAUGUCAAAGGAACAGUACCAGCAGCAGCAGCAGUGGGGGAGUCGAGGAGGAUUUGUUGGAAGAGCUCGAGGAAGAGGUGGAGGCCCCAGUCAAAACUGGAACCAGGGAUAUAGCAACUACUGGAAUCAGGGGUAUGGGAACUAUGGCUACAACAGCCAAGGGUAUGGAGGUUAUGGAGGAUAUGACUACACUGGUUACAACAACUACUAUGGAUAUGGUGACUAUAGCAAUCAGCAGAGUGGUUAUGGGAAAGUAUCUCGGCGAGGUGGUCAUCAAAAUAGCUACAAACCAUACUAAAUUAUUCCAUUUGCAACUUAACCCCAAACAGGUGGAGAUGCAGUAUUUUGUCAUUUGAAGAUUCAUUUGAGGUGGCACAUGCUACCUACUAAUAGCAGUUCAAACUAAUUUUUGUAUCAAGUCCAUGAAUUGGAAGUAAGAUGUUGGGUCCCUCUGAAGUUUGAGUUUUCAUUAAGACAAAAUUGCUUUCACAGUCUUAUUUCUUAAUUGCUAUGCUUAAGAAUCAAUUUGUUUUAUGCCCCUUCCUCAGUAUUGUAGCGCAAGUCUUGUGUUCAAAAGCCCAGUGUGACAGUGUCAUGAUGUAGUAGUGUCUUACUGGUUUUUUAAUAAAUCUUUUUGUACAAA